UGCAAGCAGGUUUUCACUUUUUGCCACAUGCUUUUGAUAUGAAAGCAGGACUUGCUGUUAAAGAAUCAAAGCCAUUAGUUCCAAAUUUUCUCAAGACCCUCUGCCCGUUCCUUUCUCAUUCUGUACUUUAAUGGCUUCUUCCAACUCUCCUUCAUGUUCUCUACCAACUGGAAGAUGGGAACAUGAUGUCUUCCUCAGCUUUAGAGGUGAAGACACUCGAAUGAAUUUUGUAGAUCAUCUUUAUGCAGCUCUAAUUCAUAGAGGGAUAGAUACAUUCAUAGACGAUGAGAUGCUCCAUAGAGGGGAACUGAUUUCACCAGAACUCCUGAAAGCCAUUGAAAAAUCAAGAUUUGCGGUGGUUGUUUUCUCCAAAAACUAUGCAAACUCUUCGUGGUGUUUGGACGAACUUGCCAAGAUCAUGGAAUGCCGGGAUCAGAUGGGACAAAAGGUAUUACCCGUGUUCUACCACGUGGAUCCAUCCGAUCUGCGAGGCAAGAAAGGAAAGUUCAACACAGCCUUCCAACAAAACGAAGAAAAGUUUAGGGGAGAGAUUGAAAAACUGAACAAGUGGAGGGAAGCUUUAGUUACAGCUUCCAAGAUAUCUGGCUGGCAUGUCUCCAAAGCAGUCAAUGUUGGUGAAUCUGAAGUUAUCAACAAGAUUGUUAAAGUGAUCUUGGAGGGUAGACAACCUGAUGGUAAUGAAAAUGAACUUAUUGGUAUCGAGUAUCAUUUGGAUGCAUUAAUUUCAUUAUUGUGUAUGGAAGCAACAGAAGAUGUUCUCAUGAUAGGGAUAUGGGGAAUGGGAGGAAUUGGUAAGACAACUAUUGCCCAAGCUGUGUUCCGAAGAAUUGCAUAUAAGUUUGAGGGUAGUUGCUUUGUUAAAGAUGUGAGAGAAAAUAGUUGUAGUAAGAGAGAUAGACAAGUCCUGCAGGACAAGAUUAUAAGAGAUGUUCUAGUGCCGCAUGAUCAUAGGGUCAGAAUUCAGGAUCUAGAUCACGGAGCAGACAUGAUGCGCAAAAGCUUUUCCAAUAAAAAGGUUCUUCUUGUCCUAGAUGAUGUGGAUAAUGUUAACCAAUUGGAGUUCCUGACCGCAACAGAUGAAUGGUACAAGCAGCUGUCAUAUCGUGCAAUACAGUACACUGGCUAUCUUCCUCUAGCCCUGAAAGUUCUAGGAUCAUUCUUCCGUGGAAGACAAGCAAACGUGUGGGAAAGUGCAUUAAACAGACUUGUCAAAGCACCGGAUAAAGACAUUUUUGGUUCACUGAAGUUGAGUUUCGACGGGCUAGAUGAUUCUGAGAAAAAUAUAUUCCUAGACAUUGCAUGUUUCUUCAAGGGAAAAGAUAUAGAAUGUGUGACUAGAAUACUCGAUAGCUUUGGUUUUAAUCCRAUUAUAGGRAUUAGUAUUCUAAUCCAAAAAUCUCUUAUCACCGUMUCAAAUAAAAAGAUAGGCAUGCAUGAYCUCAUACAAGAAAUGGGUUGGAAAAUUGUUCGUCAGAGUUUAUCUAAUAGCAGACUAUGGGAACUAGAAGAAAUCCGUGAUGUCCUUGAAAGAAAUAGGAAACUAAAAAACAUUGAAGCCAUAGUACUGCCAGCCAAAAGAUUCAGCCUUCAUGAUUACGAACCUUACGACCGUGAGAGGUUGGGUUUUAGUGAUGAAGUUUUUAGAAGGAUGGAGAAUCUUCGAUUUCUUGUUGUUGAUCACUUGCGGUGGCAAUGCAUUUCUCGUGAGCCUACCUUUCUCCCGCAUAAGCUACGGUGGCUUUGUUGGCAUCACUACCCGUUUUCUUCUCUGCCAGUAGAACAUAUGCGUAAACUUGUUGGGCUUGAAAUGUUUGAUGGCAUGAUCAAACAUCUAUGGAAGGGACCAAAGGUUCUACCAAAUAUGAAGUUUAUUGACCUCGGUUAUAUGGGGCACCUAACAAGUUUUCCAGACGUCUCAGCAGCCCCAAAUAUUGAGAGGUUGAUUUUAUCGGAUUGUCAUAAUUUGGUGGAGGUUCAUCCGUCUCUUGGAUUUCAUAGAAGGCUUGUUUACUUGGACAUGAGCAGAUGCACGAAGCUCAAGUGUCUCCCAUUUACGAUCGGGAUGGAAUCCUUAGAGACUUUAAUUUUCUCUGGUUGCUUCAGUCUUGAAAGAUUUCCGGAAGUCACACCAUCUAUGGUUAAGUUAUCAGAGUUAUAUCUUAAUAAUUGUAUUCGAGUAGAGGAACUGCCAUCAUCAAUUAGAUAUUUGUCUGGUCUAAGAGUCUUGAAUCUGAUAGGAUGUGAGAAACUUAAGAAGAUUCCAAACUCUGUUUGCGAGUUAAAGGGUCUAAAGCACCUCCAACUCCGCAACUGCGAGAAACUGGAAAAAUUACCAGAGGAGCUUGGAAGCAUGGAAAACUUAGAAGAGCUUUUACUAGGAUUACCUGAUUAUUACAUGCGGCACUUGGGAACAAGGCCACCCAAGUCCAUUAAUUGUGGUAUUUUGACAAAUUUGUGUUCCUUGAGAAAACUGGAUCUCAGUUAUAGACGAAUAAAAGAGAAAGACUUCCCCCAAAAUUUGCAUGCACUUUCCUCCUUGGAAGAAUUACAUCUAAGUGGGAACUCUCAAUUAACCCAGUUUCCUGCCGGAAUCUCCAGUCUUUCAAAUCUUAAGCUCCUAGAGUUGAACCAGUGUUGCCGACUUCAAAAUUUGCAUGCUCUUCCAUCAGGAAUACAAGUAUUGAGGGCCAGAGGUUGCAGUUCACUGGCAAAGAUUGGAGACCUAUCAAAUGAGUGUGUAUGGCUGUAUAAUGUAUGGUUCUUUGAUUGCCACAAACUCCUAGAGGAUCAGGAGAACGGACCAUACAUUAAUAAGAUGCUGGAGCAAUAUUUCUUAAAGGCAGCUCACCCUCCUACUCUUACAAGUUUAGUUACUUGGCUUCUAGCACAGACCAUGGAUUUGUGA